AUGCAUGGCCACAUUUCCUAUAUGCUGCCCCUCGUGGGCUCUGUUCUUGCCCAGUCAACGACCACCCUGGUGGUCUCAAUGCCGCAACUCAACAUGAACAGGACAUGGAGCGGCUCAAUCGUCAAGGCCGACAAGACCCUGACUGAGAUCGAUAUCAAGUGCGGCGCUCCAGUUGCCACCGCAACCAUCAGUGCACCGCCCUGUCAGUUUACCAAUGGCAUCCGCGUAACCCAGGGUCCCUCGAUAUGGGGCUACUCUCUUGAAAGCACCGACUCCAAUGUAGCCAGGACAUAUCAUGCGACUUGCUCCUUCAGCGCGUCCAAGACCAUGACAUGCUCGGGCUCUGUGGUCGCAAAGGUGACCGAAGGUUCUUCCACGGCAACCCACACCUCCACAGACGUUCGGACCGUCACCGACCCGGCCAUGUUUCCCGUCACGGCCACCAUUACCGCCGGUGCGGACAAGGUCGCCUCCGCCACUGCCGCCCCCUCAAAGACCAGCACCGGCGGUCUCCCAAAGAUGACCCAGAACGCCGUUCUUGCGGGCGUGGUUGCCGUCGUCGGUGGCGUAGCUAUGAUUUGA